AUGGCAGAAGAUGCCGCCGCAGUCGGGACCGCGGCCAAGGGAUUUGACGUGGCCAAGGGCGGAUGGUACACAGAGCUGGGGUCCAUGUGGCCGGGGCAAGGGCUGUCUCUGGAGGUCAAGGAGGUGCUCUACAAGGGGCGCUCAAAAUUCCAGGACGUGUGCGUGUUUGAGUCGGACGCGUACGGCACCGUAUUGCUGCUGGAUGGCGUAAUCCAGUGCACCGACAGGGAUGAGUUUUCCUACCAGGAAAUGAUGGCCCAUAUUCCAAUCUGCGCCCUGGAGGCGCCGCCAAAGCGUGUGCUGGUGGUCGGCGGCGGUGAUGGCGGCGUGCUGCGGGAGCUGGCGCGGAUUCCGUCCCUAGAGGAGAUCCACAUCGCUGAGAUCGACGGCGACGUGCCCGAGAUCAGCAAGCGGUUCUUCCCGCAGAUGGCUGUGGGGUUCAGCGAUCCGCGCGUCAAGGUGCACAUCUGCGACGGCAUCAAGUUUGUGCAGGACGCGGAAGAGGGCAGCUACGACGCCAUCAUCGUGGACAGCAGCGACCCCGUGGGGCCGGCAGAGGUGCUGUUUGAGGAGCCGUUCUUCCGCGCCAUGCACCGCGCUGUGCGCCCCGGCGGCGUGGUGUGCACCCAGGCGGAGUCCCUGUGGCUGCACCUUGACAUUAUCAAGGCCCUCGCGGCCAUGUGCAGCCGCGUGUUUGAGGGCGGCAGCGUGCAGUACGCCUACACCACCAUACCCACCUACCCCAGCCUGCCUUGUGCUCCUCCCGCACGCGCCCCACUCACAUGA